UUCAUCGUCGGAUAUUGCUUAAGUACAAGAAAUCAGACACAUCAGUGUCGCUACUACCGAGGCCCGUGUAUACCGAACACAAGCCAUAGUUCGGAACCGACCACCGCGAGUGAAAGUAAUGUUUACUUGACGUAAUAAAGUCUAACGUAAACAUAUUCAUAAUUUUUUUAUGAAUCAUGGAUUACCAGACGACAUAAUUAAUCAUAAAAACUACGCAUGUUGUCAUAAUAUCAACACGAAAAUUUAAAGUUUGUAACCAUUCAUUAUCCAACCAUAGAGCGUAUAGCAAUGCUCGGGGUGAUUUAUUUCAUUUUUAUAACUUCAGUCGUCGCGGUCCUCGUUGGACUGUGGCAGAAGAACACAAAUGCUUUGUGCAAGUCGAAGAAGAAUCUUGAAGGUAAAACGGCCAUCGUCACAGGGGGGACUUCCGGUAUGGGCCUCCGGAUAGCUACUGAUUUUGCGAGUAGAGGCGCAAAGGUUAUAGUUGCUUGUCCCUUUAUAGAUGAAGGUACUAACGGACGUAAACAUAUUAUUGAGAGAACUGGAAAUGAGAAAGUGAUCUUCAAACUACUCGAUCUAUCAUCUAUAACAUCGAUACGGAAGUUCUCCAGCGAGAUUCUUCAAAGUGAGGAGCGUUUAGAUAUCCUAGUCAAUAACGCCGGUAUUGGUGUUGGUUUUGAUUAUCUGACGAAAGAUGGAAUGCAUUUUAUCAUGCAAGUAAAUUAUUUUGGUAGUUUCCUACUCACUGUCCUCUUACUUCCGUUGUUGUUGAAGACUGGUAGACCAGGAGAGCCCGCGCGAGUCGUGAAUACAUCAUCUGUUCUUCACAACAUCGGUGUAGUCGACUUUACGAACAUAAAUCGUGUGAACUACUGGUACGGAAUACAAUGUUAUGGAAACAGCAAACUGUGUCUAGUUCUAUUCGCACACGAGUUAACGAAGAGGUUAAAUAACAAGAACGUUGUAAUUAAUUGUGUGGACCCUGGAGCGGUUGGUACUCCUAUAUUUAACAGCGUGGGCUGGUUCUUAGGCGGAAUCAUCACUUUCUUCUUCAAGAACUUCUUCAAAACACCCUGGGAAGGUGCACAGACAGCGAUCCAUGUGUCGUUGGAUAAGAAAGCAGGGGAAGUUAGUGGUCAAUUUUUCAAAAAUUGCAAGCAGUCUAGAGCCAAACAAGCAGGGUAUGAUGACAAAAUCGCUGUACAACUUUGGGAAGAAUCUAUGCGUUUAGUGAAAAUGGAUCAUGACGAAAUAAACAAGUGCUUAAAACCUUUAAGUUAACAAGUGUUUUUACGCUCGGCUAUAGUGUACCACAUAAAGUACUAUAUUCGUAUUUUUAUUUAAAAACGAUUCGUAGUAAUUACGAAUGGUAUAGACAGGACCCGAAGUAAUUAGUAAUGGUGUAGGUUACUUAAUUUGUAUGUAACUAAAGCUAAUAGCGAAGCUAAUGGUGAUUAGUUAUUUUGUGUAGAAACGAUUAAGUGAGGUUUAAAAUAAUAUUUAUUUUAUUGGCGCUGUUAGUUAGUAAUGUUUCUGAUAACAAUUUAAGACGAUGUAAUUGAUAAUGUAUUUUAUUUAAGCGAGCAUUUUCAUUUUGCCGCAAUCCAGGUUAUAAUUUUAAAUAUUGGAGAUUUGGAUUAAUAAACACGUUUCAAUUCAGUGUAUUUUAUUCGUAAUUUUGUUGUCUUAUUAAUUUUAAAUG